AUGGGGUACGACGUAAUAGUUCUCCCCAAAAGCUGGUUUUUUGAAGACGUCUUCUCGGGUAAGUUCGACACCUUAGCGGAAAUUAUCAACAUCGCGUAUGAUAAGCCUAAGAACAAGUAUGGUAUUAUCAAGACCAGCCGGAUCAAGAAUCCCCAAAACUUGCCUGGUGACUUACAAUAUUCCGAGGAUAAGGAUGUCUUUUUAACGUUGUUGCUUGGAUCGAAGGAGGGAUUCCUGAAGUUUGAACCAAGAUCUUUUUCGGAGAACCCUUUUCUCUCGCUGCAGUAUGGAAGCUACUUCGGAAACCUCACGAGUAACAACAUCAACAUUCAUUUGGUUGAUUCAAAAUUUGUACUUGACGAUGAAGUGAAAAAUAGAGUUUUAUCAACUGUGGGAUUCAAAACUUACAAUGGUUCGGACAAGGAGACAACGGUAGAAUACGAAAUGACUGCCUUCACGUCGUUCCUUCUGGGAAUUGCACCCAAACUUCUCGAAUUCGUCAUUCAAAAUACAUUCAAAGAUGUCGAUACGCGCUACUUCGACUCUUCAAAUGUAUCUACGGUUCACCUCCAUGCCGUGGUGAUUCGGGAUCACGACUUAGUUCCUUACUAUGAAAAAUAUUGCGGCUUCCACAGAUUUGGACAGCCCGAUUUGACAAUUACCGCCAACAAUGAAGAAUCUCCAUUGGAAGAGGGAAUUGAGGCAUCAAGAGAUUUUCAUUUAGCGUUUCUACGCAGAACCAUAGAGCUUAAAUAA